GCGGCCGCCUCGCCCGCGGAGGCGGGAGGUGUUGGGCCGAGUGCCGCAGGCUCCAGCGCGGCCUUCCCGCCAGCCCGCUCCAGAGGGAGCCUGGUUCUCCUUCCUUUCUCCGAGGGCCUUCUUUCCCCCUCGUGGCCCCGGGGAGACCUAGCCUUAGUCACAGUGUCUGGAAGGGCUGUGCCUGGCGCGGACUGUGCUUCGUGAAGGCAAAGCCCUUGUGCAUUGCUCACUGCUGCAUCCCAUUGCCUGGUUGAGCACCUGACACAAGCGGCAACCACCCCUUAAGUGAUUCACAACCACCACACGCUCUGAAAGAUGAACGAAGCCUCGGGGGACAUAUGCUCCAGUACUGUGGCUGCCCUGGUUUCCCCCUGUGUCCCAGCCAGAGAAUAUCUGGAAGUGGAGGUCUCUCGGCCAGGACACAUGGAUACUCAUCCACCAAGCCUCAUGGUAGGAGUCUGACUGCCUCCAUUCCCUCACUCUUCUUGUGAGGGUUCUGCCACCUCCUCUGGGUACCCACCCUGCCCAUUGUGCCUGGGCCUAGACUCUGCUUCAGCCUCUCGCUGUGGCCCUUGCCAGACUCUGGCAUGCCCAUCCCCAAGGUAGUGAGCACACCCCUGCCAGGACUCGGGCCUGCCUGAGGCUCUCGAGUGGAGGGUUGUAGGUCCAUGGUCUGGGUCCCUUCUCUCCAUACUGCCCCUACCCUUGAUUGUAGAGCCAAAGGCUCCUGGUGACUGUCUCGCCCAGCCCUAUGGUCCACAUUUCUGAGACACAAUGGGGUGGCCCCAGAAUGGGGCUGGCACCCAGCGGUCCCUGGGGUCCUGGUAUGUGUCCUUUCAGGAGACUGUGACAUUUGGUGAUGUGGCUGUGCACUUCUCACGGGAGGAGUGGAUGUGUCUGGACCCUGGCCAGAGGGCCCUCUACAAGGAGGUGAUGCUGGAGAACCACAGCAGUGUGGCUGGACUAGCAGGAUUUCUGCUCUUCAAGCCUGAACUGAUCUCCCGGCUGGAGCAAGGGCAGGAGCCAUGGGUCCUUGACCUGCAGGGAACAGAGGCGAGAGAGGCACGAAGGACCCUCCAGACAGAUUCUACGAUAAGCACUGAUGGUGAGCAGGCUGGUGAAGAUGUGCACAUGCUAAAAUCAGAGUCUAUGGCAGCGAUGGUCAAACCCCCCCCUUGGGAUUAUCCUCAGAGUCCUGGCUUCGGAGACACCUCUGAUUCUGAGGUCUGGCCAGAGAGUAAGCUAAGCUCUCUCUUUCAGAAACACCACUUGCACACAGGGACUGUGGCUCCCAGGAAGACCUCUGCCAAGGAGGAUGUGCAGGGACAUGUCAACCUGGGUUGUCAACCUGAGAAAAGUCAGGGGGUUGCUGCAGAUGGGCCAUCUCGAAGAUGCGAUGUGUGUGGCAGGAGUUUCAGAUUCGUGGCUCUGCCUCACUUUGGUGUACAGAAGGAACUUAACAGAUGUCAGGAGUGCCAAAAAAAGUUAUCUGAUUGCUUACAGGGGAAACAUCAAAGUAACUGCCACGGAGAGAAGCCGUAUGAGUGUGAGGAAUGUGGGAAAGUCUUCAGGUUGUGCUCGCAGCUUAAUCAGCAUCAGAGAAUCCACACUGGAGAGAAACCAUUCAAAUGCAUAGAGUGUGGAAAAGCCUUUCGCCUGAGCUCAAAACUUAUUCAGCAUCAAAGAAUUCAUACGGGAGAGAAACCAUACAGGUGUGAGGAGUGUGGGAAAGCCUUUGGUCAGAGCUCCAGCCUCAUCCACCAUCAGAGGGUGCACACAGGAGAGAGGCCCUAUUGCUGUCGUGAGUGUGGGAAGGCCUUCAGCCAGCAGUCUCAGCUGGUCAGACACCAGAGGACUCACACUGGAGAGAGGCCCUACUCGUGCCAGGAGUGUGGGAAGGCCUUCAGCCAGAGCUCAACCCUGGCUCAGCACCAGCUGAUGCACACUGGGGAGAAGCCUCCAGUUCCAAGAACCCUGGAUGGUGCCAGCCUCGUUGCACACCAGAGAAUCCACGCUGCAGAGAAACCGUUUAAGUGUGAUGAGUGUGGGAAGGCUUUCAGGUGGGUCUCUCGCCUUAGUCAGCACCAGCUGAUUCACACUGGAGAGAAACCGUAUAAAUGCAACAAGUGUGCAAAAGCCUUCGGUUGUAGCUCACGGCUUAUUCGCCACCAAAGAACUCACACUGGAGAAAAACCAUUCAAAUGUGAUGAGUGUGGGAAGGGCUUUGUCCAGGGCUCACACCUGAUUCAGCACCAGAGAAUUCACACCGGAGAGAAACCCUAUGAGUGUAGUGAUUGUGGAAAAGCCUUCAGCCAGAGCUCAAGCCUCAUUUACCAUCAGAGGAUUCACAAGGGAGAGAAACCCUACGAGUGCCUGGAAUGUGGAAAAGCCUUCAGUAUGAGCACACAGCUCACAAUUCAUCAGAGGGUUCACACCGGGGAGAGGCCCUAUAAAUGUGGUGAGUGCGGGAAAGCCUUCAGUCAGAACUCAACCCUUUUCCAACACCAGAUAAUUCAUGCUGGAGUAAAGCCCUAUGGAUGCAGUGAGUGUGGGAAAGCCUUUAGUCGAAGUUCGUACCUCAUUGAGCACCAGAGGAUUCACACACGUGCCCAGUGGUACCACGAAUAUGGGGGCACCCUGGAGGGUUCUACCCAUGUGAGCCGUAAAAAAGUUAACACUGUAAAGAAACUACACAAAUGUAAUGAAUGUGAGAAAAUAUUCAGAUGGCGCUCCCAUCUCAUUAUACAUCAGAGGAUUCACACUGGAGAGAAACCUUAUAAAUGUAACGAAUGUGGCAAAGCCUUUAAUCGGAGCUCAAGGCUCACUCAGCAUCAGAAGAUUCAUAUAGGAUAGACCACUCACCUCUUUAAAUGUAAGUGGGAAUAAACCCACAGCCUUAACCUAUUUAAAUUAUAUGGGGUAAUUAAUACUAACAAGGUAGAAUGUUAGUAAAGAUUCAGAAUUGCUCUUUUAAAAAUAUCCAAGUUCAUACAAAAUGUGUUUUUUUCUGGAAUUCUGAUUUUAUCCCACUCCAUAACCCUGUGUCCCUUGCAUUAGGGGAGUCAUGUAGAGUUCUGAGUGUGAGAGGGAUGAACCCAGGUUCUGCAGCUGAGGCCUGAGAAGUCCUGUGAGCUCUGCAAGAUGAGAUACUCAGUGUCUUCAGCACCAGUUACUCAGACUGGCUUCUGCAAGGAUGUGUGAGCUUGCAUGCGCUGAAGUCCAGAAGAGGAGUGUCAGGAAUUCCCUUUUGCCUUCACCUGACUCCUUUUCUUCAAACCUCUUCCCCCAUCAGCAGCCCAGGCAAGCAGCCACCCAGGGUCAACUUGAGUUUCCACAUGGGCCAAGCCACUCUGAUUAAUCUGACCUACAGGCUGGGCCCAUGUUCAUUCACUUUGUCUCACAGAGCAGUUAAUUAAUGCCAUGGAGGCCACUGGAUGAGACAGACCUGCCGCAUUGACCCCCUCCCUGUCCAGUGUCCUGUAUUCACCAUUUGGGAAGGAGUCCAGGGGCCAGGAGUCCACUCGAGACCUGCUGACCUUUGGUACCAUUGCUACAAUCAGAGGGGCAAUAUUUGAGAGACCUUCAUCCCAGUGGAGGAAGGACUGGUAUCCCAGAGGGACCCAGGUCAGUCACUUCAGGAUUUGUUGUGACACUUGAUUUGGGUCACCAUCACACUGGUUUGGUCAAGCCCACCGCAGGUCCUUGAGACCUUGCUGCUUCUAUUGCCGUGCAUGGCAUAGCCUGUAGCAGGCUAUGGAUUUGAGUCAGGUGAAGAAAAUGCUUGCCGAUCCCCAUGUCUGCAUUAGGAGGUUCCUGAGCUUUCUGCUGUUGUUGGGAGCAGUGGAGUUUGAGGUGGUAAAGUUUAUGUGAGCUUGUGUUUCCAGCACAUGGGUGGAGCCAGUCAGCCUGAUCACCAACUGCUACUGCUUAUCCAUCACUCACUGCCUGACAUGUCCUUCACCUGGUGCCAGGAUGCCAUGAAAUCAGUGGGCCUAUCUCUCCAGGCAUCCCUGCUCUACCCAGAACUUGAGUCGAAUGGUCAGAGGACCAGGGACUUGUGUGCAUUAUGCAGAGGUCAUGCUCGUUGUGUCUCCUCCUCAGCUGCUGUGCUCACCCAGGUGGUCACUGCUGGCACAUCUGGAUGGGUGGGCCCAAGUUUAAAGGGCUGUAAAUAUUUUAGGCCGCCCAGCAACGGCUCUGGAGUCGAGGUCCCGAGUGGAGAGAGCACACUCCUGCCAUCUGCUGGCACCUGGUACUGUUGUGCACCGAAGGGCCUCUUCAUUGGACCCCACCUCCCUUGUCUACUCCUGGGUAAUGAGGGACAAAAGGAUGGAGGAUUAUAUGGACUUCUCCAGACUCCAGCCUGGACAUGAUGCUUUCUUUCCCCUCACAGUAACUGCAGGCCAGAGACUUCUACCUUAAAUCUCCUUUAGCAUUUGAGUGUGCACAGCCAUGGUCCUGGAUCAAGGGCUGGUGAACCCAGCCCGAGGCCUGCUAUUGUGUGGUGCUGGUGCAUUAAACACUGAGGCCAUAAGACUGGGUGUUUUGAAUGCCUACCAAGCAGACCACGCGUUUUGAAAUAUUCUGACCUUUUUUUAAAAAAAAAAUACAUAUUUUUAUGGAUUUGAGAGAGGGAGAGAUAGAAGUAUCAAUGAUAAGAGAGAAUCAUCAAUUGGCUGCCUCCUGCACACGCCACACUGGGGAUUGAGCCCAACCCAGGCAUGUGCCCUGACUGGCAAUCAAACCCUGACCUCCUGGUUCAUGGGUUGAUGCUCAACCACUGAGCCCCGCCAGCCUGGCUCUACUUUCCUGCUAUAUUCCCCAAUUUGGGCUUCAGUAAAUAUGAACUCAUUUUAAGGAUUUUCAGCACUGUUUAACAAUAGGUUUUAAAAUACUUUGGACUUCUCUUUUUGAGUCAAUAAAUUAAACCCAUAAUUUUAA